AUGUCAACUCAACAUCCUACUGUCUGUGAUGACAACAACAAUCAAGUUGGACCAUCAUCACCACCUCCCAGUGUAAUCGAGUUGAUGUCACCAGAUAAGAGGAGAUCGCUCAACUCACCACCUUUGGUAUCAUCUCCACCUCAGACUCAGACUCAGCCCCAGCCUCAAAUACAACAACAAUCACAACAUCAAUCACCAUCAUCAAAGAGUCGAGUCGAUACCAAAUCAAUAUCUGUAAUCACCAUCAAUGUAAUCUACUUUAACAGCAAGCUCAAUGGACACUCAUCACUCAAUGUAACCAGCAGCACUUCAACGUCCACAACCUCUACCGCUCAAGACUCUCCACUGACCUCACCAAAGAAAGCGAGCAAGUCAACAAUCUUUAGUGGCGCUCACCUUUCAUUGCCACUGUCCAACUACUCGUCCAAGCUUGGAAGGUCCAAGUCAUCUCCACCUGUGGCGGCCGCAAACUUUGGAUCAUCAAACAAGUCGCAGUCACCGAGUCUGCGGGUUGCCUCUCCACCCAGUCACGCCAAGCCACACCAAAAGAACAUGAAGAUUUCGCCAUCGACGACGUUGGCUGAGCUGCUCAACAUGUUGAUUCCAAACCUGAUACACUAUGAUAACCUUCCAAAGGCAAUCUACGCCAACGAGGAAUGGGAGCUGACAAACAAAAAGCCAGGCGAGGAGAGACAGUGCUAUGCACUGUUCCGCAACUCGUCUGUGCCUCUACUGCACAAGGACAAACCACUGAGGGAGCUUGGUGUAAAGGAUGGAGACACCCUGGAUCUCAAGACUGUUUACCUGGAGAGCGUCCAUGUCAAGGUACACAUCCCCAAGUUCUAUCAGAGUGAGUUGCCAGCUGAGGCCGUCGUCAAGUUGACGCCAUUCUCUUCAGUGCGCUCAAUCAUUCACAAGCUACACAAGAAGUUCAAUCAUACCAUCGACCUGACGCAGUACGGUCUUUUCCUAGAGAAUGGCGAGAAGCCAGAGCAACAGCAGAUGUUGGAAGAGGAUGAGCUGUUCUCAACAUAUGGCAUCACGGCGCAAUCCAAGUUGGUCUUCCGCACUCUGGCCAUUGCCGACAUCAUGUCAAUGCAGUAUGGAUCGGUUACACUCCAUGUGUUUGUAACAGCAUCAUACUCCCGAUAUACAUGUAUUCAGUUGAUGUUUGAGCCCAACACUCUAAUAUCCGUUGCACUCAAGAUAGCCUGUCAGCGGGCAGGCAUAUCUUCAGAGCGCUCCAAAAAGUGUGGACUCUUCCUUGGACUCAACGAUGACGAUGCCGAUGGUGUCUGGAUGUCCGAGAACCUAACUCUGAAUGAUUAUCACGUUGGAUUCAAUAACAAGUUGGAACUAAGACAAAGAUAUAGGACAUAUCAAGUAUCUGUCAAGUCACCAAGAGAUACUAAACUUAGUAUGCACUUUGAUCAGAAUGCUACAGUGUCAACUCUGUUUGAAUGUAUUAUCAACAAUGAAGGAGUUUCAAACGCCAACUCUUACUCAUUGCUAUCAAAGGACACUGGACUUGCAUUGGAGAUGAGCAGGAACCUUUGGUCAUACAAUAAUUGCACAGAGCUGGAGUUCAGAGAGAAUCCCGAGAGGUUGUUUAUUUUCAGCAGCAAUGAUAGUGAUAGCCAUCAUAUUCCCAAGAUGAUUUACAUUGACUUCAACGCUCCCCUGGACGUUGAGUUCCCCAAGUCACUCGCACUGGACAGUGAUCUGUCGCCCAACUCAUAUACGUUAAAGAGAAUGAAUGAUGGUGACUCCAAGCUGGAUAUGAGGCAGUCCCUCAGACAACUUGGAGUCCAACCAGGCUCACGCAUCUUCUUGGCGAUCAGUCCUCCAGUCGUCCAGACCAAGGCUGAGCCACAAUCCACAAGUGAGCAGGCAUCCAACCUCAAUCAAGUGUCAUUCACUGUUGCCACGAGUCCACCAACAACCUCUAGUGUUGCAAUGAUCGAUUAUCCCUCAUCAAUCAAGACGCCAGAGAGUAUAUGGGACGAGCCGACAGCCAUCGACCACAAUAAUCACUGCACCAACAACGAUGAGGACGAUGUUGAGGACAUUGUCACAACUCUUGACGCCAUGUCGUUAAACAAGUUGGUGAUCCGUCUGACCUCAGAGAGUUCACAUGACCUAAUGUUCAUGAGGGCAAUGUUGAUCACUCAUCCUUCAUUCACAGUCACCCGAGACCUGUUGGAGAAGUUACUUGAGAGAUUCCGCGUGCCCAGUGAAGUGCCACAAAAGGAGAGAAUGGCCAUCCAACUACGCGUUGCCAAUGUGAUCAAGUAUUGGGUGGAGCAUCACUCUGAGGACUUUGACGCCAACGAUGCCAAGCUGCUCGUGGACUUUGUUGACAGCGAGCUCAAACUAGUGUUCCCUCAACUGGGUACAAUGAUCCAUGGUUGUGUCGAGCGUUCAUGUGGCUUCAACUCCACCGAGUUGGUCAGGACCAAGAGUGAUGGACAGACCACUGACACACCAAGGAAGCGCCCUACUCUUCAGAUCACACUCUCCGAUGAGUUCCCGGCAAAUGGAUCAUGGAGACGAUACCCCAAGGACUCACCUACCGGCGCCCCACUCUCCCUGUCUGCCAAGGACGAGCAUGAGUACUACAUCAAAGGUGUGACCAGCCCUUCUUCCAUUUUUGACUUUGAAGAUGAUGAGAUUGCCAAGCAACUCACCGUGUUUGAUCAUCUCUGCUACUGUGCCAUCCGCCAGAAGGAGUUCUUGAACCAGGCCUGGAACAAACAACAUGCUACCAAGCACUCGCCCACCAUCCUCAAGAUGAUCAACCGAUUCAAUGAGCUGAGCCUAUGGGUGGUGAAGCUUAUCUUGGAGCCAGACCGUCUAAAGACACGCGCCAAACGUAUUGAGCGAAUAAUCAAGAUUGCUGAGAAGUUGCGCCAACACAACAACUUCAACUCUUUGAUGUCCUUGUUGGCGGGUCUCAACAACUCUGCCGUCCUACGUCUGAAGCACUCUCGCUCGAUGGUCUCAAAGAAGUACCUUGAGAGUCUCGAGUCGAUGGAGCGUGAGAUGAGUUGCGAGUCAUCCUACAAGAGUUACCGCGAGGUACUCCGUACCACUGUUCCACCCUGUGUACCAUACAUUGGCGUUUACCUGACCGAUCUUACAUUCAUCCACGAGGGUAAUCCCAACGUCGUUGGUAACAACAACCUCAUCAAUGUAUCCAAGUACAUCCUCAUCUACAAAGUGAUCUCUGAGGUUCAACAAUACCAAUGGACGACAUACCACUUCAACUAUGUUCCAAUCAUUCAAACCUUUAUCAAAGACCUGCACACGCCAACCAUGCAAGAGCUCUACGACCUGUCACUCCAAAAGGAGCCCAAGUGUGCGCUAAAGUCUGACUUGCUCUGA